GACCGACGAGCUCGAGCCAGCGACCGUCGCGACCGAUCAGGCCCAGGCAAAGCUUCCGUCUCUCCGUUACCGAAAACGACUCGGAAGCUACCGGGAGAUCCGGGCAAAAUGCACUGCACGAAAUGGCCUUUGCAUCGACUGUCUACCGAUCUCUCAUCGAACACUCAGCUCCGCCAUUCGUCGAAGGCGGUGGAGCUCCAUUUUGAUUAAGAUCGUAAACACAACAAUGGCUUCAUCAAAGGAAGGAACACCUCAUGUUCUGGUGGCCUUGGACUGCGAUCACACCAUCAUCGAUGGUAACUCGGACACUUGGAUCAUGGCACUCCUACCUGAUCACAUGGUCCCCAAAAACAUUAAGAGGCGAUUCAAAACAGAGCAUAAUAGCUGGACUAUCUACAUGGGUGAGAUCUUUGAGUACAUGCAUUCAAUUGGCAUUGGUGAGGCAGCGCUCCAUGAUUCGAUCGCAGGUAUACCCUUGACGCCAGGAAUGAAGGAACUAUUUGAAUAUCAAGCAUCAUGUCCGCGGCUGGAUUUCAUCGUCAUAUCCGAUUCCAACUCGUACUUCAUAGACGUAAUUCUUGGGUCUCGGGGUUUUCAGAGGGGAGUCAACAAGAUCUAUACCAACCAAGCAGAGUUCACUGCGGACGGUUGCCUGAAGAUUCACUUUUCAAAUCCUCAUAUCUGCCCGCGAAAAUGUCCAAAGAACCUCUGUAAACAAACAUCAUUACGAGCUUUCCUAGAAGAGCAGAGGUCAAAGGGCAUUGAGUAUGACAGGGUCUGUAUGGUUGGAGAUGGACAAAACGAUUUCUGUCCUUGUUUCUGUUUAAAAGAACGAGACUAUGUCUUCCCAAGGAAAGGUUAUUCCCUUGUCAAACUCCUACAAGAACGGAAGGAGAGACAGAGUUCUGCUGAUGAUGACAUUAUAGCUAUAGUAAAACCUUGGGACUCUGCCACAGAGAUUUUAAAUGUUGUAAAGGGUUUCUUUGACAGUUGAUGUCAAGGAGUCGUAUUGGUUUAGUGUUAGAGUAGUUCUCUUAAUCUGUUGAGUAUUUUAUGAACAGUUUAAUAAUUUUUUAACUGACAAUAGAAUUCUUGCAUCUGACUCAGAACAAAAUUUUAUGAUUUUUUUUUUAAUCAAUAGACAAGACACUUUAUGAAAUGCCUCCUGGAGGUCCCAGGCUUUGCAUAAUACACACCAGGCCCUGGCCUUACAAAGAGUUAAAAUUAAACCCAAUUCAUUGAAAUUGUUCUUGAAUUAUUAAUUAUUAAGAUAUAUACUUUAUACACUAAGAUUGAUAUCAAUUUUAGUUUAAUUUGGAUCUUAUAUUAAGUUUGCGAUGCUUCGUAAAAGCGGUCCCAAUGCGUAGUUUUGUUGGGUUGGAGUGAAAAUAGAAUUGAGUUCUCUGAAGGAAUACAUUUCUUUUCUGUACGGCUGUUUAAGAAAGGAAAUACUUUACAAUUUCUAUUUAUGAAAGUUAAUGUACAUAUGUACAUUUUAAGUUUUCCCUUAAUUUCUUGUACUAAUCAAAUUAUGUCAAUCAGAACUAAACUUUCAAAUAACCAUUUUGCAGACCCCAAAUUUGUAAAGUCCCUCUAGUUUACAUUGAUAAUAUUCAUAGUAUCUCAAUAUAAAUUCUAUCUAGCUCUCAGAUUUUCAGAAAUGAAUUUGAACUUAAAUUUCUCCACCUGCACUCAUUGUAUACUAUUACAAAUCAAUUUGAGUGUUUUAUCUUUUGUAAAUUGCUCCCUCUGUGGCAAUAUGAGAAAAUCUUUACAAGUGGAAUAAAUAUUUUCAUAAUCUCAAGGACUUGUAUACAUGUACUGAAUCCAGGCCUAAUUGAAACACUGGUUUAAACCUUUGGUAAAGUUGCGGUUUAACUAUGGAUUUGUUGGAAAUCUCAAAUUUAUCAGCAAAUUUGGUGCUCACUCCAUGACUAUUUGGGAAUUAUGAAUAAAAAAGUUUUCUUAACCAUUACAUCUUUGAAAAAGCAUGCAAUGAAUGAAUAUUAGAAGCAUACAAAAUUUAAUGAUCUUUUUGACAUUUUUGGCUUCCCAUAAUUUUACCAGAGUUAGGCCAUGGUCUAAGUUGUACGGAACAUCGGAAUACAGACCCAGGUACAUCAGCAAAUUUUAAACACGAAUGAUUCAAUUAAGGUCAAUCAACAUCAGUUGAACUAGCUGCUUGUAAAUAGGGACUCCUGUAAAUCUUUUUUCAAGUGUGUUUUGCAUAGGAGAGAUUUGAACAUACAUGUAUAUUAUUCUGUAAAGAGAGUUUUAAUGUAUCUAUUAAAUUAUGAGAAAUAGAUAACCUUUAAUGCAAUCUCAUUUUUUGAAACGGUAUGAAUACCCUAAUACCAGGUUGGUAUUGGACGGUCAAGAAGAUGAUGGUAUUCUAUAACAAUUCUCCUCGAGUAAACACCAAACAAGAUCGGCCAAUGGGUAAAAAUCCUUGACUUUUCUUGAAAUAUUUCCAGCUUUGGAUAAAUUUUGCAAUGCACAUCUUUCAUGAAUCUACCCAUAAUUUUCAUCCUCCAUUUUGUGCCUAAAUUGCCAUAUUUCUUCAUUCCAUAAUAAAGAAAACACGUAUGUACUAGGUACAUGUACUCUGUAUAACGUUUAUCCACCUUCCCUUCAAUAUUGAGAAAGGAGGUAUUUGGGUUUUCAUCAAUUUGGUAGAAUCACAAGUUGGUUUCCCCUUCAUCAAUAUGAUCUGUGAGAAUUCAAUGAAGUGCUUUUUUUUCGUGAAUAGCGCCCUCUACUUAAAUGACCAUGCAUACUGGGAGGUAUGACGAGCCUAAAACAUUUCCCAUAGACUCGUGUG